AUGUAUAUACCGCCAUUACUUAACCUUUCUGAUAAGGAGAUUAAUAGUAAUCAUAUAACAGUCAUUGAAUUAGGAGCUGGUAUCUCUGGAAUAUUACCUGUUCUACUUUCGAAUUUUGUGAACAACUAUAUCUGUACUGAUCAGAGAGGAAUCCUUAAUAAGUUGAAACACAAUAUUAAAGAAAAUUUACUACAAUUAAAUAGAAGGAAAUGCGUUUCCGCUUCAUUAGGCCUUUCUCAAGACGAUCCUGAGGACGGUGAAAUGAGGAAAGUGAAUCUAGAAGUACUGCCGUUGGAUUGGGAGACCUUUAAAAUCCCAGAACAGUAUCCUGAUUUACUCAGGGCAAAAACGAUCUCCAACAUAGUCUAUAUACUUGCCAUGGACGUCAUUUACAAUGAAUAUCUAAUUGAUCCCUUUCUAAAAACAUUGAAGACGCUGAUGCAGUUUUUCGCCGAGAAGGCCCAUUGCAUAGUGGGGAUUCACUUACGCGACCAAGACGUGGUGGUCCAGUUUCUCGAGAAGGCUAUGUUGGAGUACCAACUAUCAGUGUACCACGUCGUGGAUCCUACUUUACAGUCGUCAAGAUUCAGUCUCUAUUACUUCUGUUAA